AUGGCUUUCAAUGGGACCUAUGAGCUACAAUCUCAGGAAAACUUUGAGGCUUUCAUGAAAGCCAUAGGGGUUCCUGAUGACUUGAUCCAGAAAGGAAAAGAUGUCAAGAGUGUAACUGAAAUUGUGCAGAAUGGCAAUCACUUUGUGGUCACGGUGACUACAGGACCUAGAGUCCAACGUAAUGAGUUCACUAUUGGCGAGGAGGCCGAAAUGGCAGCUCUGACUGCCGAAAAAAUUAAGGCUACUGUUAAUCUAGUGGAUGGAAAACUAGUCGUAAACCUUAAAGGGAUCACUUCUGUCACUGAGAUUUCUGGAGAUCUUCUUAUCGAUGCUUUAACUCUGAAUGACAUUGUCUAUAAGAAAAUCAGUAAGAGAAUAUAA